AUGGGAAUGAUGGGGAAUCGGUUUCUGGGUAUUGUCACCAGUCGCGACAUCGAUUUCAUUGAGGAUCGCUCCGUGCGACUCUCUGAGGUGAUGACACCCAAGGCGAAAUGCCUGACAGCUUGCGAACCCAUUUCCUUGGGAGAGGCCCUCCAAAAGCUCGUCCAAAGUAAGAAGGGCAAGCUGCCCAUCCUGAAUGAGGAUGGUGAGCUGGUGGCUCUUGUGACGAGGUCGGACCUGAAAAAGCUCAAAGACUUCCCAAACGCCGCCAAGGAUGCGAAUCGACAGCUGCUGGUGGGCGCCGCGGUGGAGCCGAAGGUCUCCGAGAUGGAGCGCGUGCAGCGGUUGGUCGAGGCGGGGAUGGAUGUGCUCUUCUUGGAGGCUUCCCGAAGCCGCUUGGAGGAGCAAGCGGAGUUCAUCCGCAAGGUGAAAUACCAGUUCCCCGGCUUGGACGUCGUGGCCGGCAACGUGGUCACUCCCAAGCAGGCCUCUCCGUUGAUCCAAGCGGGUGCUGACGCACUGCGUGUCGGCAUGGGCUGCAGUAGCCUGGACUCUUUACCAGAGGCGCCCGCUGUGGGACGGCCCUUAGGCAGUGCAGUGUACCACGUGGCUCGCUAUGCCAGUGAGUUUAAGGUGCCGGUGAUAGCCGAUGGAGGUGUUGCGACCAGUGCAGCGGCGACUAUCGCCCUGGCGCUUGGUGCCUCUGCUGUCAUGUGCGGAUUGCUGUUGGCGGGAACCACCGAAAGUCCUGGAGAUGCCUUCUAUCAUGAUGGCUCCAGGCUGAAGCUCUACAAAGGCAUGAGCUCAUUAGAGGCGCCCGUUUCGGAGAGGGGCUAA